AUGAUCCGAGCGAUUGCGUCGGAUCCGUCCAUUCAACGUGAACGACUUUUGCGAGUGUACCAGUGUCUCCGUGAAUGCCGAGCUACCAUCGACAUUGCUGACGCCGUGGUCGUGCACCACGGCGAGCUGGCGCAUUGGUAUUUUACAUCCACGGACGGGGAAGUGCGCGAGAAGCAGCCGUACGCUCUGUCGCUGUUGGAGCUCAAGAAGGUGUUUGUCAAACAAGGGCUGCACCAAACGUGCAACGUCGCCCGGACACUGGCGGUCCUGUUUCACGAAGAGAUGGCCCCCCACGAAGACGACCUUCCCACCGUGACGUUUUCGCUGCUCCAGGACGUCCAGUUCAACACGCAUGCGUGCAACUCGAAUUCACGGCUGUGGCUGUCCACGUACCUCGUUACGCCGUUCAUUUGCGGCAAGUUUGGACCGAACCACGCCACGUAUACCGGCAAGUACUGCCGCAACACGUGCGGGCAAAAGGCCCGCGUCAAGUUUUUCAAACCGACCUCUUACUUUUUUGGGACGACCGAAGUGUCCUCCUCCGAUGGGGUCACGCAGUUGGCGAUGCUCCCAGUCGAUGCAACCUGGGCCAAGGAACUUGGGUCGGCCUACGACGAUGCGCUCAAGCACGACAUCCUCAAGCUUGUCCAGUGCAUCGAAGCCGGGACGAAGCACCACGUGCUCCAGUUAUACGCAGACUUUGUGCUGACUGCCACCUGCCGCUUGAUUCUAGUUCGUGUCGCCAGCAUUGUCUUUGAAGAGGACCGAAGGGACGCGCCCGUGCCGAUGGCGCCGCCAGCGCCUCGCCAGGUCAUGCUUCGGCCCCAGUCGGCGCACCCAAGCACGCAGCCCCAUCGCCAUGGCACCGAGGCGUCCUUGUUGUGCCCUGGUCGGUUUUGCAUGAUGUCGGUCGCUACCAGACGCCACGUCCACACGACCCAAAACGUCAUUUCACAAAAGUCGAUCCAUGUGGCGGAGCAGGAGAGCGCGUUUCUGGCAUUCGUUGCGGCCCACCAAGAUGCAAAUGGGCAACUUGCCCACGAACUGUGCCACGCCGUCGACAUGGCCAGCUAUCGCAACACGAUCCCCAACCUGCGCGAGGUCGAUUCGAUGCUUGUGACGCGAAACCGGCUGCUCAAGGCCCAUCAUUGGUUUGACCAGCAAGCCCAAGACGUGGCGGCUUCGACCAAGCACUUGGCCACGUUCUACGACAUGGUGCAUGUGUGUGCUUUGUGCUACAUCAUGUACCAGCGCCUGGACGAGGCACGGAGGGCUUGUAUUCCGAAAGCGUCGCAUCAAUCGGUACAGUCGACCGCGUCAUCGUCGAUUGUGACGGCAAAGGCCGCGCGACCUGCGUCCGCGGCGUCGUCGCGAUUGCAUCAAUUGGCGCAACCAAAGAAGAAACUCGGACGUCGUCGUGGCCCGAACAGUGCCCAGGCAACGACCACAGCCAACCUCUCUUCAAAUGACCUGUCGACGUCCCCACCACCGCAAGCACCUGCAUCAACGUUAGCCAAGUGCCUGCGCGGCCCGAUGGCCAUUGCCAGUCGAGACGCGCCAGUCCUGUCAAAGUCCCUGGCGCGGUCACUGUCCCUCACGGACCUCAAACCAAUCGUACCGCGGCGCAAGCAAGUCUGA